CGAACCCCGUCGGGGACCCGCCCGGGGAGCCCGGACCGGGGCCGGGGCUCGGGGCUCGGGGCUGCCGCCGGCGGGGCCCGGCCGCCGCUACCCGUCAUGAAUAUUCAGCGGAGCGCGGCCCGGCCCCGCCGCCUGCCCGGGCGGGAGGGGUUUGGGCGCGGGUUCACCUUGACUCGCGGCGGGGCAGCGGCAGGUGCGGGCCCUGCCCGGUGUGCCCGGUGUGCCCGGUGUGCCCGGCCCGCGGCGGGGCGGGAGGCGCAGGCGCCCCGCGGCGAUGGCCGAGAGCCACAGCUGGUGGAAGCUGACCUUCCUGCGGAAGCGCAAGUCCAUGCCCCAGGUGCUGUACGACAGCCCCGACGUCCACGCCGGCGACGGCCCCGAGGGCAGCGGCGAGGGGGGGACGCCCGAGUUCGCCGCCCGCCUGGAGAAGAUCGUGGACAAGAGCAGCAAGGGCAAGCACGUGAAGGUCUCCAACUCCGGCCGCUUCAAGGAGAAGAAGAAGGUGCGGGCGACGCUGGCCGACAACCCCGGCCUCUGCACGGGCAGCGAGCGGGAGGAGAAAUGAGGCCGGGAGGGGGCACGGUCCCUGUGGGUCGCGGCCCUCCCACCCCCCCGCAGCCCCCUGUCCCGCUCGGCUCGGUGCCGGUGACACGACGGAGCGGGGGGGGGGCUCGCUGCGGGGCCGGCCGCACCCCCCCACGGCACCUUGGAAGGAGAAGGGACUCGGGCUGGACUUCAUUUGAG